UUUGCAUCCUCCCACCGACGGCGGUUGUUCGCUGUUCUGGUCGUCGGGCCUCGAGGGGAAUGAACAAGAAGAACCUGGCGAUACUGAUGAGAGCUCGCAUGCGGGCAGCUGCCAACCAAGAACCCCUCCGCCAGCAGCAGCUCUUUCAACCCGCUCACCCUAAUUCUCCUCCUCAACAAGAUAAUGUCGACGAGAACAACAGCACUACUCCGGAGAGAGUUACGUUGAAGGAUGUCAAGGAGUGGAUGCAGGCGUCCAUCUCCAUCCCCACCGGCAAAUUGGAGCCUGUGGAUGCGAAUCUUGAAGAAUUCUCGCAGGGUUACCUGACUCUUGAUCAAGAAGGCCGCCGGGAGCUGCUUCUUGCACUCGCGAGGGACUAUGAUGUGAAUAGAGCUCGAGUUCGUGACUUUAUGCGGCAAUAUCUCAGCCUUGAGCCUCACGGUGCAACCGGGGAUCAAGAAUCUGCUGAACUUGAAGACGAAAGUGUGCUCGCUGCUUUUCAUAGGACGGAACGGAAUCUUCGGAAUGCUCUCAAGCCAAUGUAUGCAGUUUUCUUUGAACGGCUCAAUGAACGCCCUGGUGGAUUGAAGCUAUUGGCCAUUCUUCGUGCCGAUCUACUCUCUGUGCUGGUCAAGGAAAACAUACCAUCUUUGCGUGCAUUAGACUCAUAUUUAAAGGAAAAACUUAUUACCUGGCUUAGUCCAGCAGCUCUGGAACUUCACCAGAUCACAUGGGAUGAUUCUGCAUCCUUGCUUGAGAAAAUUGUAGCAUAUGAGGCUGUCCAUCCAAUCAGAAAUCUGCUAGACUUAAAGCGAAGGCUGAGUGUGGGUCGCCGUUGCUUUGGAUACCUACAUCCAGCAAUACCAGGUGAGCCACUUAUUUUUAUUGAAGUUGCACUUUUAAAGGAUGUUGCCAAGUCCAUACAGGAGGUCUUAUGGGAUGAUCCUCCAAUUCCUGAAUGUGAAGCUACAUGUGCGUUAUUUUACUCUAUAUCAUCAACUCAGCCAGGUUUAUCAGGAAUCAAUCUAGGGAAGUUUCUCAUUAAACGUGUGAUUGACCUGUUGAGGAGAGAUAUGCCACAUAUAACGACAUAUGCAACACUUAGCCCAAUCCCCGGAUAUAUGCAAUGGCUUCUCUCCAAGUUGGCCUCCCAAAUAAAGCUAUCUAAGUCAGAGACUGAGAAUAUGAAUGACGUGUCAGAAAAAGGGUCUAUUUCGGCUUUCAGGGAGAACAUCCUUCUCCCAGAAGAAGAAAGGAUGAUUCUUAACUCUGCUGUGGAACAUGGUGCUGGAAAAAGUGCCAUUGAGAUAAUGCAGGACCUACUGACAGCAAGUGAAUGGACCAAGUCUGAUCACUUGUUGGCUGUGCUAAAACCUCCUCUAAUGCGGUUGUGUGCAAGGUACCUUCUUAAAGAGAAGAAGCGGGGUAAAGCUCUUGAUCCUGUUGCAAAUUUUCACCUGCAGAAUGGAGCGGUGAUUGAGAGGAUAAACUGGUUGGCAGAUCAAUCAGAAAAAGGUAUCAAUCAAAGUGGAGGCAUCAUGGUAAAUUAUGUGUACAGGUUAGACAAGAUCGAUGAAAAUGCUCAGUCCUACUUUAGCACUGGGGACAUCCAUAGCUUAUUGCCUUCUCCAGUAUCUUGAGCAACCAAAAGAUACAUGAAAAGUGAAGGAAUCCGGAGGGAUUGAGCUAAAAAAAAUAUCUGCAGUGUUAUGGCAUGAAGUUUUAAUGGUUCAUUAUUUGGUGAAUGGCUGGAAAUAAUUGCACCAUUAGCUGUUGAUGCUAAAAAUAGAUGCAGCCAUUCUUUUCCAAUGUUAUGAUUUUCACUUAUCUUUGGUCAAGUUCACCAGAUUGUAUAUAUUAUUUGUGAACAAUGAUUCAACUUUCAAAUGUGAGUUCUGUUGAUCAGAGACGAUUCUUCUUUUUUGAGAAUUGCAAUAAAAGGAAAGAACAGUAAUUUGCAUGCCA